AUGGUAGCACUGGGAUACAUGUCUUCGAACCGACCGUCGGCGCAGCGCCCCGUGAUUGCCAAGGACAGCUCGCAAGCUGCCAGCACCGGCCCCAACAGCACACACAGCUAUCACAACCUGCAGACCUUCCAGAAUGAGGCGGUCGCGACCACGAUCAACGCGGUGCUGAAGGACGGCCUGCUGACGCCCAUGAGGUCGUUGAAGCCCUCGGAGUGCCAAACCCUCAUCAAGUGCGUCCUGAGCAAGGAGGAGCCCGAGGCGGCGCUCAUCGGCACCGCGAUGGUGAAGAUCCCGAAGGGCCUACCAAAGGGCGGGGACUGGUGUGCCUACGGUUCCAGCGCUUCCAUCGUUCUAUCCCCCUGCAACACACUCUUCGAGGACCUCCAGCAGCUCAGGGAGGCGAUGCUGACCCACGUUCGAGCCCUGCACGCCAAGGACAGCAAAGCCGAGAGGCCGGAGGAUCACUCGCCGGUGGACGAGCGGAUCUCCAGCACUCUCCUCCCCUGCUCGGUCUUCCACGGCUUGAGCAAGGUGAGUGACAAGGUCGGGGGUUACCAGAUCACCUCCCGCUUCGGCAGCGUCUUGCUCUCGGCCAGGGACAUGGUGAGGUGCAACGCCGCUCCCCCGAGCUCGAGUGGACGACGCAGGCACGGGCCGUCAAGGCCGUCUCGAAGAGCAUGGAGGAGUCCGGCCUCUCCACGAGGGCAAGGACGGUACCUACGUGCUGGACCUGCUCUACAUGCCCUCCCCGGAGGGAUCGUCGCAGGCCCUGGCGGCCAGCGUGGUGAAGAUGGUGGGGAGCGACGUCCCCGUGGGGUGGAGCAAUGGGAUCCACGCCUUGCAGCAGAACGGUUUAUUGACGACAAGCACGGGACUAACAGGUGCGACCUGGUGUGCGGGCAGGCCCACGCCCUUCACAGCCACGCCAGGAAGAUCACCAAGAUCCACGUCAGCAACCAGGUGAUGAGGGAGAUCCUGAGGAUGCGUCCCGAGCCCCUCUCCGACGAGGCGAGGAGGCUGACGGCGCAGCACAAGGGGCGCUACAUCAAGUCCGAGUCGCUGAUGCAGACACUGAACGGCGAACUGAGGAAGGAGAUGACCAAGGAGGAGCUCGCCGAGGCCGAUGCCUUCGUGGCCAAGGCCUACAAGCGCAGGGAGCCCACCGUCGAGUGCGUCCGGGGUCAGGUGACAAAGACCUACAACCCCGCGGGAGCCGAGAUAGCGACCGUCUCUGCGGACUUCGAGAUGGGCUACAACACGAGCCUCUCCUGCGCGACGCCGCCCUUCAAGGGGAAGAGCAUCACGCUCGAACUCGGCAACUGCUGGAAGCUCGAAAGCCACGUCAUGACCCUCAUCCCCAAGCACUGA